GACCGGAGCUAGCCUUUAUACCCGAGCAUCAGCAGCCUGUUAGAGUUACGGAAAGCCUCAGUUUUAUCAGGACUUACGCUUUUUAUUCGUUCCCUUAUUCUCUAAUCUUAAACUGCUAAUCACCGACAUGUCUGCUCCUAAGAAGGGAGACUUGUCCUCAAGCGAAAAGGAAUUGUUCGAGGUUAUAACUGCAGGAAAUGUUCAAGAGGCCUCAAGGCUGCUGGGCUGUAAAGAUGUUCGAGUCAACUGUCUGGAUGAGUAUGGGAUGACCCCUCUCAUGCACGCUGCGUACAAAGGAAAGGCAGACAUGUGCAAGCUGCUGCUGCAGCACGGGGCAGAUGUGAAUUGCAAUGAGCAUGAGCAUGGAUACACAGCGCUGAUGUUUGCUGGCCUCUCAGGAAAAACUGAUAUCACAUGGAUGAUGUUGGAUGCGGGGGCAGAAACAGACGUGGUCAACUCUGUUGGAAGGACCGCCGCACAAAUGGCCGCCUUUGUUGGGCAACACGACUGUGUCACGGUGAUCAACAACUUCUUUUCGCGUGCCAGACUGGAUUACUACACCAAGCCCCAGGGUUUGGAGAAGGAGCCCAAGCUGCCGCCCAAACUGGCCGGACCCCUCCACAAGAUCAUCAUGAGCACCAACCUGAACCCUGUUAAGAUGGUGAUGCUGGUGAAGGAGAACCCGCUGCUGGCAGAGGCGGAGGCUCUGGACAAAUGCCGCCGGGUGAUGGAGCUCAUCUGUGAGAAGUGCAUCAAGCAGCAGGACAUGAACGAGGUGCUGGCCAUGAAGAUGCACUACAUCAGCUGCGUGCUGGGAAAGUGUGCCUCGUUCCUGAAGGACCGCGAGGACAAACUGGACGGACUCAUCAAGAGUUUGCUGAAGGGUCGGGACAGCGAUGGUUUCCCUGUCUACCAAGAGAAGUUUAUCAGAGAGUGCAUCCGCAAGUUCCCGUACUGUGACGCGACUCUGCUGCAGCAGCUCGUGCGGAGUAUCGCUCCUGUGGAGAUCGGUAACGACCCCACAGCUCUGUCAGUGCUGACUCAGGCCAUCACGGGCCAGGUCGGCUUCAUGGACGCAGAGUUUUGCACUUCCUGUGGGGAGAAAGGAGCCGAGAAGAGAUGCUCCAUCUGUAAAAUGGUGAUCUACUGCGGCCAAGCCUGCCAGAAGAUGCACUGGUUCACCCACAAGAAAGUUUGUAAGAAGCUCCAAGAGAACAGGGAGAAGCAAGAGGCAGAAUCGGCCAAACUGAGGAUGCAGCAGAGCAAAGAGGAGAGUACAGCUUUGCAGGAGGCCACAGACUCCAUACAGGAGCUCUCAGUGGAGGCCGACAGCGAGGUCGCUCCCUCAGACUCUCCAGCAGAAACCUCAAACCCCACGUCUGUCCCAGCUUCUGACAACUGAGGAACAUCCGACAGUCGUCGUUGGCAUCGACCUUCUCCAGAACACAUCCAUACUCCACAGACACAGACUGAAAGCCAGACAAGGACUGGUCCAGCAGGAGAGAAGGACCCAUAUUUAUUAUCGACCUUAUUAUUGUCUGUCGCCAAGGCAGGGGGACACUACAGCAUCCGAGUAAGGUUUGUGCCACAGCGGUCAUCUAUCUGGUCAUUUUUCUAUGUUCCUUUUUCAGAUGACUUUGUCAUAUGUGAAUGUGAAAACUGCGUAGGCUGAUACGUGUGUGUGUGGUAGAGGUCAGUGGGAGGAGCUGUGGGGAAAAUGUGAAGAACUGUCGGUUCGCAUCCACGAUGGAACGAAAAUCUGCCUUAAGAAACUGUAGCUACCUGCGUGGGGAAGAAGUGACUGUGUAGCCAAUCAGAGCUGUUGUUUGCAAUGUACUUGAUUUGUUAUUGGGACGUUGUUUUUUUUUUUUUUUUUUGUACUGAUAACGUUGUGGUAGAUUGUGAGUAGGUAGCACGGCUGCACAAUAUUGACCAAAAAUGUAUAUUUUUAAAUAUGAAUGACAUGAACAUGAAUUUAUUUUUAGUGUAUCAUGAAAGACGAUAUUAAUUCUCAGGAUUUUCCAAACUGUAACUGAAUGAAAUUUUCUUUUUUUCCCUCAAAAUGCCACAUCAUCUGUUGACCAAGUAUUGUUGUACACGGCACAAAACAACACCAUGUUCCAGGCAUAAAAAAAUCAGUGAUGUUCCUUCACGUGUGACGCAGCCUGAGUGGACAGAGAAGCUGAAGGUAAACAGUGUUUACAGUGAGGCUUUGUUUGCCCUGAAUAACCUUCAAUAAGUCAAAUAAAGAGCGUCCUCAUCAUU